AGAAUUACUACAAAAAAUAGUGUCACAUGUGCUUCUGAAGACUGAUCAUCGAGGCAUCAGUUAGUGUGUCUCAAGUCUCGGGAAUUGUAACGUGCAUCAGGAACUGAUUCUGUUGAACUCAAAAGCCGCAAUUUGUGCACAAUUUGAACUAAUUUUACGGAUGUUCUAGACAACAAAGAAUGGAUUUAUUGAGUGGAUUUUGAGUGUGUGAUAGGAUUUAAAGAAAGUGAACUAGUUGGAAACAAUGACAAAGUUUAGUGAGAAAUUGUGCUGUAAGAUCUCCCCAGAUCCUUACAAGAGUAACUAUGAGGUCAGUCAUAAGGCUUCACCGUCUGUUGGAGACUUCUAUCCACACUAUGGAUCAUCGAUGCAGAGCCAGAACGAAGGGAAUAUCCAGGUUCGGACAUUCAAUUCAGAUCCUGAUGACAACAGUUUGAGUUCAGAGGAACAGCACGUUCUAGCCCCUGUAGGCUGCUCAGCUGGACAGUCCCGACCUUGUCUGGCAUGGGCAUGCAAGGCCUGCAAAAAGAAGAGUGUCACUGUGGACAGGAGAAAAGCAGCUACCCUGCGGGAACGCCGACGUCUGAGAAAAGUAAAUGAGGCAUUUGAGUUGCUGAAGCGACGAACAAGUACAAAUCCCAACCAAAGACUCCCAAAAGUCGAAAUACUGAGAAAUGCUAUCGAGUAUAUUGAAUCCUUGGAGGAUCUACUACAAGAAACACCACCCAUUAGACAAAGUCCCGACAAUAUCGACGAAGUGUCCAAUCAAACCACUCGAUCUCAGGAUUACAUGAACUGUUGUCCUGGCUCAUAUUUGAAAGAAAGACUGCAUCAGUUAGCCAAAGAAACAGACAGAUUUACGCCGAUUGCCGGCUACAUAACCAAUGGAAGUGCAAAUGGAUCGAGUCUUGAAUGUUUAAAUUUAAUUGUUCAGAGUAUAAAUGCAGUACAAUCAUCGCCAAAUCAUCCAUCAUCAACCAAUUUGCCUAAUAAAUUCGACACUGUCGUUCAGUGAUUUUAGCUGUGAUUUCAAAGGGGUAUUUUUUGAAAAAUUCAAAAAUAAAUUCUUGUAAAGGGGAGAGCAUGGCAAGUAUGGGCAAGUACAUAUGCCUCAAAGUCUCUUUUUAAAUUAUUAAAAGUUGUUGAAGAAAGUUCAAUUGGAAAAAGUCCGUAAAGGUGGAGUAGGUUUAUUCUAGUUUAAAUAUUCACGGUUUUCCCUCAUUCUUUUAAAUGGAAUAGGAUAUUAUUUCAAUGUAAUUAAACUAAAAGUCAUAGCCUGAAAUUUAAAUCCAUUCACUCCAAUCAAUCUAGAGUUUACACAACUUUUUUGAAGCUUGAUAAGAAAAACAAUUAAAUAAUCUUCAAAGUAAGGGAGACUGGGGCAAAAUGUGUUACAUCUAAAAUUUUUUAAUUCAGUAUUUUCUAUAAAAUAAAACAAACUGAAUAUUAAAAUUUUUGACACAGACAGCCUUCAAGAAUCUUCUUAACCCUUUAUGGACGAAUGGGACACCGGUGCCGGUGCCCCAAAAACAAAAACAAUUCUUUUUGACUAUGAAAAGUUAUUUUGUCCUCCAAAUAGUCCGAAAAAUUAGUUUUUAUUUUUGGGACACCGGUGUCCCAUUCGUCCUUAAAGGGUUAAACAUACAAAGCUUUAAAGGAUUCAAGAAUGAAUUGUGGAAAAUAAAAUAUGUUCAAAUUUUGGGCCCUAUUCAAAUUUCACUUAAUUAAAAUUAAACAAGUCAAAAUAAUAUUUUUCGGGAAGGUUCUCUACAAAUUGUAUUAAUUUGAUUUUGUUUUUAUUAGAAUAAAAUGUCAUAAAUUAUUUUAAGUAUGAUAAAUUUUUUUGACAACUAAAUCGAUUUUUAGAAAAUGGUUCGAAAAGCACGCUUUCUAUUGGGAUAAAAGUAAGUAAUUUUAAGAAAGGUUAUAGAGCAAUAGUGAGAGUUGGGGCUACUUUGAGCUGCGAGGCUACAUUGUUAUAUGAUUUUUCGCAUAUUUUUAAAGGAAGUUUAGCUUUGCCAUAAUUUAAUUUAGAUCUACAAAUAUUUUGCCUAUCUAAAUUACAUUAUAACUUAACCAAGUUUCAUUUAAAAAUACGCGAAAAAAAUCGUAUAACAAUUGUUGUUGGAUUCGUUAGGGAAUCUGUAAGGACGAAACUCUUACGACAAUCGCCUGGAUGAGCGCCUUGGCCGCCAGAGGUUUCUCCAGAAUCUUCAGCGUUCCUCCUAACAAUCUAUUCCACAUAACAAUCUAUAACAAUCUAUUCAAAGAAAUGCUCUUAGGAGAAAUCGGCGCCGCUCCGAGAGGCACCUAUGAUGUCAAUUCAAAUACCAAAGGGUGUUUAAUCGUUGAAGAGAAGGUAGUGCUAACACAAUCUAGCCACACAGCUCAGGAUAGCCCCUCCUCUCCUUAAAUUUACUUUACAGAUAUGCUCAUUAUAAAUCUAUCAAGUCUUCUGCGAUCGCGUGAAAUAAUUCAGUAUCAGUUAUAAUUAAUUUUGCCCCAAUUUCCCCUACUAUUAUGGAAUUACAUAAUUUAUAAUUUUUUAUAAUAAGGUUUCAUCUGGAAUAUAAUUUCCACGUUACUAAAUUACUGCUAGGUUAUCAAAGUCCGGAUAUCCAAAUUGAUUUGUCCGGAAUUCCAAAUUUUAUUUCACAAAUUAAUUUAAAUCGUAAUUCCUGUCGUUUGUACUCUUAGUAAUUAUUUUUGAAAAAUUAAAUAAUAUGAUUUCCCGUGUAUUGAAAAAUUUUACUGUCUUUAAAGUUCUGAAUUAAGUAUACUGAUUUCAUUUAAUUUUUAUAUUGUAAAUCAUACAAUUAAUUUCCUAGAAUCAUUUGAAUUUUGGAAUCUAAAAUCUCUCUAGGAUUUGUGAGAUAUCGUACACGCAGAAAAAACAGUUUUAAAAAUUAUUAAUGAUUCAUAUGAAUAAAGUUUUUCAUAAUAAAAAAUACCUCUAAAUCUAAAACAGGAAAUAAGUUUGUCUUCUAUAUCUAAAUUUAUUCUAUAUAAAUUAAAAUUCUGGAAUUCGAAGGCCAUGUUCUGAAUUAGAAAACCAGAUAUGAACUUUUAUGUGUUUUUUUUUUGGAAAACAAAGAAACAACCAAUCUCUUUGAAAUUUUUGAUAUAAGUUUAUACACAUUUAAAAUGCUUAAAUAUUUUUUUCCGAAAAAUAUUACAGAACGGUGGGCUAAUGAGUAGUUUAGUACAGCAUUUCUUUGAACGACUUCUUAAUUUUUGGAUGUUCGCCCAAACGCUUGUAAAUCUGCUCAGCACUCUAUUACUUUCGUGUCUGUGUGUUCGCAAAUAUUCCGAAUUAGUUUCUUAAAUUUUUAUGGUAUAUAUUCAGAAAUAGUUCAUUUAUCUUUUUAAGCAAUAAAAAACAAUAUGGACCUCUUUUCAUUUCGUAAUUCAGGACACGGCCUUAAAUAGAAUAAGGUAAAGUACCCUUACUCGACCGGGUUCCUCUAUUCGACCGGUGGGUCAAUUUUUGAAUAUUUGAUGGUGAAUUUCAUCAAUUUCUAUGAAUUUGUCACUGAUUCGUAUUAUUUAAAGAAUAAUUGACCUAUUAAUGUUAGAUCAUACACAAAAUAUUAUAGCAAAUAUAAUUAAAUUGAAUAAAUAAAUCUACCGGUCGAAUAGAGGAACCGGUCGAAUAAAGGGUACUUUACCUUACGUUAUUAAAUUCGGUUUUCCACUUAAGGAUUGUUGAAUCUAGCAUUUCCAUCACAAUAUUUUCAUUAAAGUUAAUAAGACAAUUUUGUUGAUUGAUUGGAUGAAAUUUAUUUACAAUUUUUUAUUUUUUGUUCCACUUCUUUUAAUAUCAGAAUAAUGAUAUUUGAUUUAUAAAGGCUCAAAAACACGUUUAAUGCAAUAAAUCUUUAAAUUUUUAAACUUCUUCUUUUGUCGAUCCAUAAAAAGAGGUGAAUUAUAUGAUUUUUAAAAAUUUUAGCUCUACAAACUAAACUAUUUUUUAAUUUUCCUAUGACUAAUAUGGAACUUUAACUUAGUUCUAGUAUGUCUCAAUAUCCUAAAUAACAAGGAAUUGUAUUAUUUUUUUUCAUAAUCCUAUGAAUCAUUUGUGCCCUUAUUAACUACUCUAGAGUUGUUUUUUUCAAAAAUCUUGUCUGAUAGGAAAUUAUAGAGAGGUUAAACCAUAUUGCUAAGCCUUGUAUUUGCUUCAUCUCUGACUUUCAUUUUGUACAACAUUGGAAAUUUUAGUUCCAUUCUCCUUUCUUUUUAAGUGGAAUUGAAUUGAAGAAAAAUCAGUAAUCAUAUAAAGAAUCUCAUAUUUUUUUUAUGAUUUUUGACGAUUUUAUAAUGAUUUUCUAAUGUUUUUACAUUCAUGUCCCAUGAAAAAAAUCGAAAAUAUAAAAUAAUGUAAUACAAUUAUAUUUUUUCUGAGUGUAGAAUCUAAAUAGAAAAUAGUGGGGCAUAAAAAUUAUGAAAAUUAACUUGAAAUCCAAAAGACUUUGAAAAAUGUUUCCGAAUGAUCCUCAGUAAAAGCUACCUAAACCUGUCCCACUCUCCCCUAUCUAAGAUAUAAGAACUGAAUUAAUUUACAUUUCAACACUUGAAAAAUUCAGUGUUUACCUGGCUCAAAAAUUCGCUGUUGUAUGUAACACCCAUUCAAUCUUGCCCUGUUCUGUUCUACAGAAAAUAUCCAAGAUAUUUGUAAAUUAAAUUAUUUAAAAAAUAUGAAAAAAGUCAACAAAAAAAAAAAGAAUUGCCAAUCCUGCCUUAAUAAAAUGCCCCUUGUGUGAUUCCUAAUGAAGAAAUCACAGCUAAACUUCCUACAAUAAAAAAAAUUGUCAUAUCCAUUUGCAAUAGUAGUAUAUUUAAAAAAAAAAGUGGAUUUAGUGAUUGUCCUGAAAAUUAGGAUUAUUUAGAUAACAUUGUUUAAAAAUAAAUGAAUUAAGGAUGCAGUAGAUUAAGGAGAAUGUUUAUUUGGCCAAGAGAUUAGGGGAUACGUUGUAUACAAAAUAUAUGGGACAGGAAAUGUGACUUAAAGAUGCGUGGUUAUAAAUGAAUAUACUCUUGUCGAACUAA